CUCUCGUCUCCUACCGCGUCUGCUGUUGUGGCAGACUUGUGCAAAGAGAAGAAACUGGUCACCUCUCGAUUCUCCUCCCUAUUAUCAUAAAUUUCUCUCCCCUAUAACACGCUCUCUUCGCUCUCACACGCAAAAAUGGGCGACAAGAAGAGAAAGCGACCACGAAAAUCGAAACCCGCAACUGACGAAGAAACCGCAUCCCCAGACCAUAACACCACCACCACAAGCAGCAACGCCACCACCUCCAAGAACGACGUCGUUGUCAUCCCUGCCCCCGAACCCGCCGAAACCAGUGACCCGGAGUCCCAUGGGCUACGCCGUGGCCGGUCCAAGAACAAGAAAAAGAAAUCGCCGCCGACCUCCGCGACGGUGCCGGAUCGGCGUAGCUCCCGGAUUGCAGAACAAAAUGGGGACUACGCAGCGACGGGGUCAGUGGCAGAGCCGCCGCUGAUGCCAAAGUGGGAGGGCAGCGGGGCCGCAGCGAAGGUGGUGCCGUCAAUGGACGCGGUGGUGAAGGUGUUCUGCGUGCACACGGAGCCGAAUUUCUCGCUACCGUGGCAGCGGAAGAGGCAGUACAGCUCCAGCAGCAGCGGGUUCAUCGUGGCGGGUCGGAGGGUGUUGACCAACGCUCACUCUGUUGAGCACCACACUCAGGUCAAGCUCAAGAAGCGUGGGUCUGAUACAAAGUACUUGGCCACCGUGCUGGCCAUUGGGACCGAAUGCGAUAUUGCAUUAUUGACGGUGAGUGAUGAUGACUUUUGGGAGGGAGUUUCACCUGUUGAGUUUGGAGAUUUGCCUGUACUGCAAGAUGCUGUGACUGUUGUAGGCUAUCCUAUUGGAGGAGAUACAAUAUCUGUGACUAGUGGUGUUGUUUCACGCAUGGAGAUACUCUCGUAUGUUCAUGGUUCUACCGAACUUCUGGGACUUCAGAUAGAUGCUGCAAUAAAUUCUGGGAAUUCUGGUGGACCUGCAUUUAAUGAUAAGGGAAAAUGUGUGGGGAUUGCAUUCCAGUCUCUUAAACACGAAGAUGUGGAAAAUAUAGGAUACGUAAUACCCACUCCCGUUAUCCUACAUUUUAUCAAAGACUAUGAAAAGAAUGGGGCUUAUACAGGAUUUCCCGUUCUUGGAGUUGAGUGGCAGAAAAUGGAAAAUCCUGAUCUGAGAAUGUCAAUGGGGAUGGCAUCUGACCAGAAAGGUGUGCGUAUUAGAAGAAUUGAACCCACAGCUCCAGAAUCUCAUGUUCUAAAGCCAUCUGAUGUGAUUAUUAGCUUUGACGGGGUCAAUAUUGCCAACGAUGGAACAGUUCCGUUCAGGCAUGGGGAGCGCAUUGGUUUCAGUUAUCUUGUCUCUCAGAAGUAUACUGGGGAUAGAGCUCUAGUAAAGGUUUUACGUAAUUCAGAGAUACUUGAAUUUAACAUAAAACUUGCAACUCAUAAGCGGCUUAUUCCAGCGCACAUCAAAGGCAGGCCUCCUUCCUACUAUAUAAUUGCUGGAUUUGUUUUUACUGCCGUUUCAGUCCCAUAUCUUAGAUCUGAGUAUGGUAAAGAUUAUGAGUUUGAUGCUCCAGUGAAGCUCCUAGAGAAACAUCUACAUGCUAUGGCACAAUCUGUUGAUGAGCAACUUGUUGUUGUUUCUCAGGUUCUGGUGUCUGACAUUAAUAUUGGAUAUGAGGAGAUAGUUAACACUCAGGUUCUUGCUUUCAAUGGUAAGCCUGUGAAGAAUCUGAAGAGCUUGGCCACGAUGGUUGAGAACUGUGAUGAUGAGUUUCUAAAGUUUGAUCUGGAAUACCAACAGAUAGUAGUACUAAAGACCAGCACUGCCAAGGCCGCAACCUUGGAUAUCCUCACAACACAUUGUAUACCGUCGGCAAUAUCUGAUGACCUGAAAGCAUGAAAUGAUUUGGCGAGAGCUAUUUCAAUUUUCACUGUUGCUUUGUGGUACGUUUUUCGAGGGGUACUAAACACGCGUUAUCAGAUUUUUGUACCAUGAGAUCUAUACAGUAGACGGUGAGCUGAACAAUGAAGCACGCAGAGGAGAUAUUGAAAUCUGACGGGGAGUAUUUGGGGGAAUUUGAAAUGCAUCAGCUGCUUAGAUGCAUCUUGUCAUUUUCAUUGGCGGUUGAAUGCUUUCUACUCUAUUCAUGUCUAUCAUUUAAUAUCUUUCCUCAUUCAGAAACAUUAUAUUCCUUGUGGAGGAAUGGAUAGGAGAGGGUAGGGACUAGGGAAUAUUUUUCCCUAUUUAGAGAAAUUGUUCCCCCCCAAAAAUUUGACAUUGUGGUGUAUUAUUUUUCUUUAGUUAGGACGAGGCAUGUAGACUCUUCAUAUUGAGGAUAUUAAUGUUUGAUUUGUAAUAAAAGGCAAAUAAUUUGAAAUA